CGCGGGGCGGGGCCGGGCCGGGCGGCGCGCAGCGAUCAGGGCAGGACGACACGCCCACAGAGCCGGCUGAACCACGGCGGGAGACAGCCGCAUUACAUAACCGCGUACAGAGAGCGCCGGGGUUACACCAUGCGGAUUAACGGCGGCGUCGAUUCAGCAGAUCGCCCUGUGUGUGUGUGAGGGGGAUCGCGGCACCGCCGGGCGAGUGUUCCUUGCUGAGAUCUUGGUUUGCUGCGGGCAGCUGGAUUCACUCCUGAUGCCUGUGUGUGCUAACAGCAGUUACAGCCUCAUGCAAUAAGGGCAGUUACGAGUUGCCACCUACAUAAGAAAAGAAACUCCUUUUAACAAGACUUUGAGUCCUCAAAUAUUCCAGCUUUGAAUGAGUGAUAUUUUACUUUUUUUUUCCCAUUAAAAAGAAUACAUAUUGCAGUAAAAUCCCAUUCCAAGAUACACCUUAAGGUGCUGUUUUAGAAGAAUAGCUUCUGACCAAGAAUUAGAAUUGCUGGAAUAAUAUGCGAACAGAUCAUGAAGAACUCUGUGGCACCAGUUACGGAUCUUUUUGUCUAAAUGGAGGCAUUUGCUAUAUGAUUCCUACUGUACCCAGUCCAUUCUGCAGGUGCAUUGAGAAUUAUACAGGAGCACGCUGCGAAGAAGUGUUGCUGCCCAGCAUCAAGUCUCAAACCAAAGGUGACCUGUUUGCAGUUCUCUUGGCUUCACUUCUCCUUCUCGGAGUUAUUUUAAUUGGAACAUUCUACUUCCUUUGCAGGAAAGCCACCAUCGCAAGGACAAGUUCCUCAGAGUGUGGUGCCCACCUGGUUGAGACCACAAGCAGCAAUGGCUGCAACAAAAUAAUAACGGAGUAAAGCAUUAAGAGUGGAAGAAUGGUGAGAAAAUGAAGUGCAAAGCAACCCUAACAGCUAUAGAGGAUUAUGUUACUCAGGCAAAGAGAGGUCAAGUGACAUGGUCUGUCUCUCUUCCUUCCCUGAUGACACAAAGAGAAUGGCUGGGUACUGAGAGGCACAGAAAACAUGAAUUGAACAGUCCUACUUUCAUCACGUUUCUACCACUGGAGGCUGUGACCAGGAAGAACAGUAUGUAUUUAUACAGCAGCACAUCACCCAGCAGCUCACUACGUGGGAUCUACAAUGUUGUCCUGAAGGAAAAGCUGGAGAAAAUUUCAGCAAGUGAAAGGGAAAAGAAGGCAGAAUGCAGAUUUCUCAUCUCUGAAAUAAAGGAAAAGAAGGUGGGUAAAAAUGAAGGUGGAAAGAAAAAUGUGAAUAAGUGUCAGCUCCUGGGGUGUGCACUACAUGCUCUGGCAUCAGAAAAGAUAGCAUGUAUCUUACACACAUGUAGAUGCAAAUGCAGCAAGACAAAGAAGAAAAGGCAAAGUGUUCCAGUGCAUACAGUUAGAAGUCAACGAGGAAAUCCUAAGAUAACAACUAUUAGAACACAACAGAGAAAAAUGUAUUACUUUCUGAGGACUGUCAAAGAAGCUGGAGUACAAGUGAAAGCUCAGCAUUUGCAGGAAAACGUCCCAUCAACCAGAGAACCUGAACCAGAAAUGUUCCAGUUAGAUAAAGCAUAGGUUCCUCCUCAAAUUAACCAGCUUACAUGCUGGUUUUGGGACUCCAAACCAUUAUCAGUUACUUGGGAGGACAUUGUUAAUACUGUUUUAAAGGCUAGGGAAGAGCAAAGUGAUUUUUCAUCGCGUACGGGCACGCCACUGUUAGAUUCAGAGUUCAGGAGAUAAGCAAAAAUACUGACAGCUACAUCAGCAUCAGAGUUAGCUGAAAUACUCUGCACAGCCUCAGUGGGAUUUAGUCAGAGAAGGCUGCUGUCAGGAAACCUCUGUGCAUUAUUGAUCACCAGACAUUCAGACUAACAGUAAUGUUCAGCACACUGUUUUCACUGAAAAGGCUUCCAGCCAUCUGAAAUGGAAAUUGAGGGAGGAAAUAUUACUACAAGAUGUGGAAAAUGAAUGGACUGAAGUUGUACUCUGUGAACUGUUAAAACCCUCUUGGCUUUCUGAACAGACGUGGAAUAGUUCUUCAGUAUUACCACUCACAUCUGCAUUAUUUGGGAAACAGUUUGUACAGAAAGUGAGAAUGAAUAAAUCAAACGGGUACUUACAUGCAAACAAGUCCACCUAUGAAAUGACGUUAUCUCUGAAUGAAAUCCUAUUAGCAGCCCACAUUGCUUCGCAUCCAUUGCAAUUGAGAACGUUUCAGCUUCUAAAAUUAAUUCUUUCCAUUCUUAAGCUUGGUGAAUUUGCCUUCCAGGUCACCAGAUUGGUCUAUAAAUUCAUUUCAAGCUGACCAAACGCCACAGGGUAGCCCACAUUACCUCUGAUUUAAUAAACUUGUACAGUGCUGUCAGCAGCGCUUGUUUCAAAGUUAAGCAAGUAGUCCUGUGAGCAAGAAAGCUACAGAAAACACUGGUUCCAAUCAGAUACUGUUCUUGGAGCCAGGGGACUGCAGAAAAGCACUGUGUGUCUGCACAGGGAUGGGCAAUGAGGUCUCUUCUCCGCUUCACCACUGUUUUUGAGGAAUACAGCAUCUCCUAUGUUUGAAACUGCUCCUCCAUCAGUUUAAAUGGCAUCACACUACUUAAAUCACAACCGAAAGGACCGUGGAUUAGUUUGGGCAGGAGUUUUCCCCUGCAAUACGAGCAUCUUCCAACACAGGACUAUUAACAAAGAUGUACCUGCUGAGCUUGGAAAAAGCCUUAGAGCUGAACCGUGUGAUGAUUCUCUGGCAAGGUUACUGAGAUAGCUGGGAUGCACACAGUCACUGAUUAUAUUGAAUAAUCAGAAGAAUCCAGACACCAACUAUCUGAUUUUUUUUCUCAUUAAUGUAUGUAACAUUACCCAUUUGUGCUUAUUCAUAAUCCGGUUCAGGUGUUUUAUUUGUUUAUUUAUUGCGAUUUUUAACCUGUUCAAUGUAAUCUGUGCUCAUUUACCAAAGAGCAGUUCAGCAAAGUACCAAAUGCAAAUUCUUUUAAGUACUUACAGGCUGCAGCUCAGUUCCGUGUUGUGGUGCAGCACUCCGAGCGAUACUCCAGAAGGGCUUUCACUGAGAAUUAUUCCUACAGCUAGCUAAGGCUGCGUGAAAAGAAGCUUGUAGAUGUGAAACCUGCAAUAACAUCAAGACAGCGCUGUUUUCAUUCCCCAAAUGGACACUAAAACCAGCUUCUACCACUUCUAAAUUCAUCUCUGUUUCAAUCUGUGCAACAUAUAAAUGUUUUCAGUGUAAUUAGAACAGACUGCUUUUAAUUUAUAAUGUCAACAGUGACUCCUAUUUCUGUACAGGCUUUCUAUGGGCUAUAAGAUGUAGCUGACCAUCCACUGGCAUUUCUUAACAAGGCUGUAAUAUGAGCCUACAUUCUAGCUCCUAUUCUUUUCCCCAUCACAGCAUUCCCAUCUGAUGCCUUUCUUUGAAAAGAUCCCCAUUUUCCGAUGUCAGCGUGUUACCUGUGUAGAAAAACACCCUACCUGCAGCUAUAGGUGAGCCAGCAUCAGUAUGAGCCACCUGCAAUGUCUGAACCUCCUUUUUUUAUCUCCUCCAUAAUAUAAUCUUGAAAAAUAAUCAGCUGUCGGGUAGAAAUAAUUAUUUUCUUAAUGUUUUCAGCGUGCUCAGGUAGCCCUUUAAUUAAAUCAGAAUGUUAUGUAAUCAUUUGGCUUUGUUAAAACUCAGUUUGAGGUUUAAUGCUCUUACCAGCCUUCUCUACUCGCUCUAAAAGUCAAAGUUUGGCUGUAUCAUUUACAUCUCUGCAUUUACUGCUGGCUGCCAAGGGGGCAUGAUUCAGGAUGAGUCAUUCCUCUGUUAAAAUAGGGCUUGCUCCAAUAUUAACUUGGGCCCAAACAAACCUUCUGACACUGCCAGUAACAAGAAACGAGUUCACCCUCUUUGCAGUUUUUAACUGAAACUGCUUUCCAUCAGCACAAUUGUGCCAAUUUAGCCUAACAUGGCUUCUUUCUGUUAAGUUAUUCUUGCUUCCUUACAGCUGUACACAACAGAAAAAUCCAGAAUAAGAGAAUUUUUGCAGCAGUAAUUUUAAAAUAAAAGUUCUAGUUAAUAGUUUGAUGUUUUUCUUUUGUAUUGCUGUUUUGGUGGUGCAAAUAAGAUGUUAUACAUCACUCCGCUGGCCUCGUGUCAUAUUUUGUUUCACCCUCAGUUCACUUCCUUAAUUGAGAUAUGCAUAAAGUGGAAAUAACGAGUAAUACUUGAUAACACGUAUUCAAAACAUGGGGCAAAUUAAUGCUUUUUACCUUCUGUCAGCAAAAUCUCCUCUCUGCAGACCUCGUCUGGAAGGUUCUCCUUUUUCCUUCACCAAAACAAAAUCCUGUUGUAGUCACUUAUAUAUACUCUUGCAGGAGACUACAACCACCGCUGUAACUGCAGGUAACUAUCAUCAGAGAAGUCCUUCUGUGUUGUCUCAUGCUGUGUGAGAGGCACUGCUAUCCACAUCUGACCCCAUUACCAAAUAUUCACGUACCUUCAUCCACUUUUGGGGUGACAGAGGUCUGAAUGCCUCACUGCAGCUCUUUGUAGCAGCUCAGAACACACCCUGCCUUGGGGUCUGUUGAGCCACACAGGUGGCACGAGAUACCUGCUAAGCAAAUAUAACUGGGAGUUGUCACAGUUUAAGAGUAAAUGACAAUUUGGAGGCAAGAGGAAUGUGGAUACCAAAACACUUUAAUCAAAUACGUAGCAAUAUUAUGUACCACACCAGUGCCCUGGCACACGGGACAGAUGACACAGUCCAGGGGAGGCAGAACUCGGUUCUGGUGUCGUCUGGGCUCCUCCCCCCUCCCCACUGGUGGAGAUGAUCCUGGAUGUGGUGCAAGCCCUUGGAAUUUCCCCACCAGAGCAUUCUUCGUGCUGUGGUUACCUCCAACACUCACAAGUACCUUUAGCUGAAGGCCUGAGCUGAGAACACCUCCCCAGCAAUGAGCUCCUUCAAAUCAUUUUCUGCUUCGUCGUGCCAUGGCUGAAGCUCAUGAGCUGCUUCUUUGGGCACUUCUGGAUGUGCUUACACUCUUGAUCCAGAUGUGUGGCUGAUUAUGCUUCCAUUACUUCUACUGCAGCAAAAAGUUGGUUGAAGUUGACAGGUUUAUACUAACAGCUGUGAUGGCGACAAGACCAAACUCACAGAACUUGUGGCAGCUUCUACAGAAGUCCUGUCUGCAUUACAGAAGCGAGACCUAUUCUUUGCCUACUGUUAAAUACGUAAUGCUACAUGGUCAUAGAGGGCCAAGAGUGAUGUUCCCAUUAUGCUGAAAAGAGAAAACAUGCAUCUCCCUGUCAUCCACUUAAAUUCAAGCACACUGACUUCCCAACUUCCUCUUCCAAAUGCAGAAACUAAGGCUGUUCUAGUCACACACAGUUACUGACCUGCUGUCCCUGGCAAGGCCACGGGGAGAUGAUAACAUCCUCUGUCUCUGAGUUAAGAACCACCACCACAACCAGAGCUGUGGGAAAGUGCCACCUGUGCUCUGCACCCACUGACAGCAGUUCUGCUCUCAGGACAGGCACCUCUCCCUGCUUGUGAGGCCUCUCUCAAUGCCAAACAGCAUGGAGACAUUGACUGCAAGUGGCCGAGGGUAGUCUCGGCUCUUACAUGGACAGCAAAAGAUCACUAUAUUAUUGUACAAUAUACAGCUAAGCAUUUUCCUCUUAAUUAACUGAGAACAGCACAGAUGCCCAAUGAGGCAUUUCAAAGCGUGAUGAAACGGUACAAAACAAAUCUCACUUUCUUGUAAUUCUGUGGCCAAGUGAAAGUAAAAGCUGAUUAUUGUGAGCUAUGCUGGGAAUACGAUGAAAGUACCUAUGUGGAACUGUGUAACACUACCUUCAGCUGCAGCACCCAAAAUAGAUGACUGAUGUAAAAGCUUCAGCUCACAAAACAUGCAGAAGCCCAGGUUGUAGGGUGUGAGAUGAAAUGAACAUCACCAGAUCUUGUGUGGCACAGAAUUUCAUACUAAAAAGCUAAAAACCUAUUAAAGAUACCAAGGAGAGUCUUCCUUUUUUGGUACUGUGGAUUUAAAAGUCUGUAACAGUGAAGACCGUGCUACAAGAGGAUCUAAAAGGAAGGAUAAGCAGUCCACUCUGAUGGCGUAAACUGCUGUACACAAAGGCUAAGAUUGCUGGUAGAAACAACGUGCCAGGGAUUUGUUCUAAAUCAAGUAUUUAAGAUGACUGAAAUGCAGUUCAAGACAGUGAAAUGAGCUUCAAAGCUGAGAGUACCUCGCUAGAUCAGAGCUUUUUUCUCUAAGAACAAAGGACUGGUGCCUUUACUUAACGUUGUCUUUAUUUAAUGAGCACUUUCUUGGUUUUGUUCCUAAAGAUUUCCUUGAGUUUCACCCAGUAAAUGACUCAGUUCUGUAAAUAGGACCCAGGUCUGUGCAGGCUGUGCAUCACUCUUAAACCCACUAAAUGGUGGAUUUCACGCACCAGUAUUUCAGCACGUUGGUAGUUCUGGACUGUUCUGCAUACAUCAGUAGAGCACAUCAAAGUAUUAAUUCUACACGGUGACUGCUUGGCCUCUGACUGCCACUUGUGCAAACUGUUCUCAUUUCA